GGAAUUAUGGCAGAAACAAAGGUCCAAGCUCUUUGCUAAUCUUACCAUGUAAAUAGUCUAAGCUGGUCAAUUGGUUAUGCAACGAUAAAUUUAGUAUUUGAUAAUGCAUUAUUCCUUUCUUUGCCAAUCACAGUACAACUACUCUUUAGGUUUUUAUUCACAACUGAAUACGAGACAUAUACUCAAAGGCUACUUGAUAAGGGUCUUCAGCUUUAUUCUGAAGAUAGUAUCAGUGAUCUUUUAGGAAGGUGACAUUUUUUUUGUUACGGACAUUCAAUUUGCUCAAAGUAGCAAUAGUUACUGUGUUUCGUGUUGCUCUUAUUUUUUAUUUUCAUCUGAUGAAUCCCUACCACACACAACCAGGACUGCCUCGUAUGGCAUCUCCUAUGGGAGCGCCUUAUUCUCCUCCUCAAACCAGCCAUAAGAAAUCAAAACGCCAUUAUCCCACUUUAGGACAAGAGACAGUGUCUGGAAACCAAGGAUAUCCUUCUCCAGUUCAACACACUCCGCCUCCCGUUUAUAAUCAAGUGCUGAAUGGUAUGUCUCAGAUGAAUGUAGGAUCUGCUCAGCAACAAGAUGUACCUUUGGUUGGUCAACCACCUCUUAUUCAAGACCUUAUUGAAAAGACACCAUCACCUUCUAUUCCCUCGAAUUUAACAGCUACUGGAUCCACCAUGGCACAAGUGGAUCGUCGAUUGAAACAUGCUACCGUGCAUGCUUUUCCUUCUUCGCAUGCCUUGGCCAAGAAGUCCAAAAUACCACUUGCUUUGAUUUUGCAACCCUAUCUAGAGUCUCAAGUCCCUGUUGUGCCUGAUACAACAGUGUCCCGUUGUUCUCGUUGUAAGACCUACAUCAAUCCUUUUGUUCAAUUCUCAGGAGGUGCAUUACAAUGGACAUGUAAUAUGUGUGGCAUGAAUAACGAUGUACCUCAAUCGUUUGACUGGGAUAUCUUGACACAACAACAGACAGAUCGAUACAGUCGCCCUGAACUCAACUAUGGCUGUGUGGAUUUCAUGGCAUCAACAGACUAUAUUGUACGUCCUCCUCAACCACCUGUGUAUGUGUUUGUGAUUGAUACUUCAUUUCAAGCUGUUCAGUCAGGCAUGAUUCGUGUGGUAGCCGAUGCGAUUCUUGCUUCGCUCGACAAGAUACCAAAUGAAGAUGGACGUACAAAAGUAGGGUUUAUUACUGUGGAUAAUGCAGUUGGAUUUCAUAAACUGUCAGGGGAUGAGCCCGAGAUUCUGGUUGUAGGGGAUUUGAAUGAUAUCUAUCUACCUCGGUCCUUAUCUGAUUUGAUGGUCCAUUUGGCAGAGAGUCGAAAAGUAGUUGAGGAUUUGUUGGCUAAGAUGAAGACCAUGUAUACACAUACACAUACUCCCUCCAAUUGUUUAGGGUCUGCAUUACAAGCAGCACGAAAACUAUUGGCUCCUACAGGUGGUAAAAUAGUGUGCUUUCAAGCAAGUGUGCCUACCGUUGGUGAAGGUAUUAUGCAGCCCAAACAAGGCAUGAUUUCUGUAGAUGCACCCAUCAUGACUGCCUCGAGUUCAUUCUACAAGACAUUGGCAGCUGAAUGUACUAAACUCCAGAUCUGUGCAGACAUGUUUGUGUUUGGCAACACGAAUGCCAAUGCGGAUCUCACCACCCUGAAUGUGAUGCCUCGUUUUACAGGUGGUCAAACCCACUUUUAUCCUGGAUUUACUGCUGCCAAUCAAACAGCCUGCUUAAGACUGAAGCAAGAGGUGAUCCGUCUAUUGGCUCAACAGAUGGGAUUGGAAGCUGUGAUGCGUACCCGUUGUUCAGAAGGGAUUGUGUGUCAUGCCUUCUUUGGUAAUUGCACAACGCGCGUGCCUGAUAUCAUGGCAUUACCCAAUGUUCCAUGUGAUCAGUCCUAUUGUGUUGAGCUCCUGAUGGAACAGGACAUCCCAUCUAGCCAUGUCUAUUUCCAGACAGCCUUGUUGCACACCACCAGUACAGGUGAGCGUCGUAUUCGUGUCAUGAAUCUAUGUUUGCCUGUCACUCAGAGUGCAUCUGAACUCUUUAGCUCUGUGGAUCAAGUAGCUGUCGCACGUACGCUCUGUCAUCAAGCGAUCGAUAAGGCGGCUCAAGGGAAAUUAAAAGACGGCAGAGAUUAUCUCGCGAAUCGCACCAUCGAGGUCUGUCAAGCCUAUCGUCAACAGGUGCUUGGGUCUACCACCACUACUCAGUUAUCUAUUUGUCGUUCUCUGAGCGUGUUUCCUCUGUUGAUCCUUGGUAUUCUCAAGACACCUGCAUUUCAUGAUGCCCCAGUGCCUGCUGAUCUACGUGCUCAAUCAGCGAUUUUGUUACGUACAUUGCCGAUGGAUCCUUGGGAACGUCUUGUUCAUCCCAUGUUGCAUUCCGUCCAUCAAAUGCCACCUAUGGCAGGCACAUUGGAUGCCACAGGUCAAUGUGUAUAUCCUCCUCGUCUUCAUUUAUCCAGCGAGAAACUAGAAGCACACGGCUGUUAUUUGUUGCAAGAUGGACAAGACGUGUAUAUCUGGGUGGGUAAACAAGCCAUACCUCCCUUAUGUAAAGAUCUAUUUGAUGUACCCUCACUUGAUCAAAUUUUCUCUGGACAGAUACCUUUACUGCCUCAAGUACGCUCUUCUAUCUCUUCAAGACUCAAUACACUCAUUCAACAUAUCCAAACAGACCGUCAAGUCACUUAUUAUCCUACUAUUUCGAUUGUCAAAGAAGACGGCGAUCCUAUGCUUCGUAGUCGUUUCUUGUCUCAUUUGAUAGAAGAUCGUCAGCCGACUGGACCUACAAAUGCAGGUGCUCAUCAAGACCAGGUGAAUUCCGGUAUGAGUUAUUUCCAAUGGCUAGGUUACAUUAGAGCCAAGUGUUAAUAAAAUAUACAUAUAUAUAUAUAUGUGUGUAUGUGUGUGUAUGUAUGUGUGUGUGUGUGUGUGUGUUUUUAUUCAGUAGCCAUCAUCAAUUUAAUCUUGGCAAUAGCAGCACCGGGUUGAAGACCCUUAGGACAUGU